UCUGGUCCAGGCAGGUAAAGGCAGCUUCUUAGGCAGCCAGCGAGUUGGCAGGUGGGUUGGGACUCGCUUGUCAACUCAUUAAUUUUAAGCAGUCAGUUUGGGGGUACUGCAGGAUAAUCAGGAGGGCCGUGGGGAGUCAAGAGGUGACCCGGGAUGCCGGUGGUGGGGAAAGAAAACAGGAGCUUCGGGAAGCUUGGAGGCAAAAUUGCGCUCGGGUUCCUGUUCCUUGCAUCCCUCCUGCCUUCAGUGCGGGAGAGCACUUUUUAAAGACUCACCUUGGAAAGAAAGCCUCCGUCCCAAGGGAGAAGGAGAGGCGUCUGCAGGGGGCAGAGACCGCAGCUACCUGCCGGGUGCGCCCCCCACCCAGGAGCGCUCGCUUCGCCCCCUUUCCUCCCCCGCCCCCACCUCCUUAUUGGUGCUAGUUUGCAGCGCCCAGCUCCUGCGCCUUCGCUUCGCGUUUGAAUCUGGCUCGCCCCUUCGUAUUAUGUCUGCACUCCGAAGGAAAUUUGGGGACGAUUACCAGGUAGUGACCACAUCGUCCAGCGGCUCGGGCUUGCAGCCCCAGGGGCCAGGCCAGGACCCUCAGCAGCAGCUUGUGCCCAAGAAGAAGCGGCAGCGGUUCGUGGACAAGAACGGCCGGUGCAAUGUACAGCACGGCAACCUGGGCAGCGAGACAAGCCGCUACCUCUCGGACCUCUUCACCACGCUGGUGGACCUCAAGUGGCGCUGGAAUCUCUUCAUCUUCAUUCUCACCUACACUGUGGCCUGGCUCUUCAUGGCGUCCAUGUGGUGGGUGAUCGCCUACACUCGGGGCGACCUGAACAAAGCCCACGUCGGUAACUACACGCCUUGCGUGGCCAAUGUCUAUAACUUCCCUUCUGCCUUCCUCUUCUUCAUCGAGACCGAGGCCACCAUCGGCUAUGGCUACCGAUACAUCACAGACAAGUGCCCCGAGGGCAUCAUCCUCUUCCUCUUCCAGUCCAUCCUUGGCUCCAUCGUGGACGCCUUCCUCAUCGGCUGCAUGUUCAUCAAGAUGUCCCAGCCCAAGAAGCGCGCCGAGACCCUCAUGUUCAGCGAGCACGCGGUGAUCUCCAUGAGGGACGGAAAACUCACGCUUAUGUUCCGGGUGGGCAACCUGCGCAACAGCCACAUGGUCUCCGCGCAGAUCCGCUGCAAGCUGCUCAAAUCUCGGCAGACACCUGAGGGUGAGUUCCUUCCCCUUGACCAACUUGAACUGGAUGUAGGUUUUAGUACAGGGGCAGAUCAACUUUUUCUUGUGUCCCCACUCACAAUUUGCCACGUGAUCGAUGCCAAAAGCCCCUUUUAUGACCUAUCCCAGCGAAGCAUGCAAACUGAACAGUUCGAGAUUGUCGUCAUCCUAGAAGGCAUUGUGGAAACAACUGGGAUGACUUGUCAAGCUCGAACAUCAUAUACUGAAGAUGAAGUUCUUUGGGGUCAUCGUUUUUUUCCUGUAAUUUCUUUAGAAGAGGGAUUCUUUAAAGUUGAUUACUCCCAGUUCCAUGCAACAUUUGAAGUCCCCACCCCACCUUACAGUGUGAAAGAGCAGGAGGAAAUGCUUCUCAUGUCGUCCCCUUUAAUAGCACCAGCCAUAACUAACAGCAAAGAAAGACAUAAUUCUGUGGAAUGCUUAGAUGGACUAGAUGAUAUUACUACAAAACUACCAUCUAAGCUGCAGAAAAUUACUGGAAGAGAAGACUUUCCCAAAAAACUCUUGAGGAUGAGUUCUACAACUUCAGAAAAAGCCUACAGCUUGGGAGACUUGCCCAUGAAACUUCAACGAAUAAGUUCAGUUCCAGGCAACUCAGAAGAAAAACUGGUAUCUAAAACCACCAAAAUGUUAUCUGAUCCCAUGAGCCAGUCUGUGGCUGAUUUGCCACCAAAGCUUCAAAAGAUAGCUGGAGGAGCAGCUAGGAUGGAAGGGAACCUUCCAGCCAAAUUAAGAAAAAUGAACUCUGAUCGCUUCACAUAACAAAGCACUCCCUUAGGCAUUAUUUAAUGUUUGAUUUAGUAAUAGUCCAAUAUUUGGCGAUGAGGUAAUUCUCCCUAAGGAAUCUGAAAGUAUAUUUUCCUCCCAGUUCUACAAGCAUAUUUGAGAACCCUUCCUUUCCCAAGUAUUGCUAAUGUGUAGAAAGCAACAGUUAUGGAGGGAGGACAUCAUAAGGAAGUUAUUAACGGGCAUGUAUUAUCACAUCAAGCAUGCAAUAAUGUGCAAAUUUUGCAUUUAGUUUUAUGGCAUGAUUUAUAUAUGGCAUAUUUAUAUUGUAUAUUCUGGAAAAAUAUAUAUAUAUAUAUAUUUAAAGGGGAGAUACUCUCCCCGACAUUUCUAACAUAUGUAUUAAGCCAAACAUGAGUGAAUAGCUUUCAGGGCGAUAAAACUAAAUAUAUGUCUGUGUGUGUGUGUGUAUGUAUACACACAUAUACAUAUAUACACAUACAUACACAUACAUACAUACAUAUAUAUCUGAUAAAAUUGUGAUGUUUUGUUCAAAGUUGUAGUUCUUGUGCAUGUUUACUUUAUUAGAGUAGGAAGGCUACUGGCAUUAAUUAUUAAUACCAAAUAUUUUAGCCUUAAAUUUUUGUCAUUUUAAAAUCUGAUUUAAUGUUUUCUGCUGUUUAAGGUCCUGGGAGGCUUUCCAUUGUAUUUUAUAUGAGAGAAUCACACAAGUUUGUGCUAUCUAUGGCCCUGCAAAAAUAUAACCAUUACAUGUUUAAAUUGUAAAUUUUAGAGCAUACCAGUACUCAGUAUAGCACUGAACAUUUCUUAUGAUUUUUAAAAGUUGCUAGUACUGGGGAGAAAUAAUUGUUGAUUAAUUUGAGAAUUAUUCCUUUCCUAGACUAAUUAAAAUCUGGAAAUCUGUUUUGUAUAUGAUCUAAUACAAAGAUGAGCUCUGAACAAACACUGAAUCAUGUUAAUAGACAGUAGCCAAGUUAUAUUGAAUAUAUCAGAAUCUGUGUGAAGUUACACAAUUAAUUGUCCCUGUUUCAAACUGAGUAAAUUGGAAACAUUUUCAUUCUUUUUCUGGAAAUUUUGUCCAUUUUAAAAACCAAUCAUUUUAAGAAGACAUGACAAUGCAAUGAAACAGAUGAUAAAUAUUUAUGCUUAAAAUAUGUAUGUCUAAUUGAGUCUCUUUUUUAUUCUGUUUUCUUGUUUAUGGCAUUUGUUGUAACAGGAUAGACUUUUUCCUCACCUAGGGAACCUAUCCCAUGCCUGUCACUUAUAGUUCAGGAGGAAGUUUUUGCACAGACCAGAGAGAAAUUAAAAUUAGAUAAAUUGAAGAUAUCUUACACACAGUUUUUUGGUGAACACUGAUUUUAUUGGUGACUUGAAUCCCUGGUCUACCCAAAUAAUUUUAACAGUACUGUUUUUUCUAAUCCUGAAGUCUGAUAUUUAUGACUCAUUAGCAGGAAUCAAAACUAGUGAUCAGUAGAACACUUUCAAAAUAAAAAUUUGGAAUGCAGACUUUUAUGAAAAUUUAAAAGUGCUCCUUAACAGGAUAUCAUGGGUUUUCCUAUAAAACUUCUUUAAGUAUUGUAAUUUAAGUCUGCCCCAAAUUUUAAAAAGAUUCUCAUUAAUAUGUCAGUCAUUAAUUGCUAGUUUGGGCUCUCAUUAUUUCCUGUUUUUUAACAAUUUUGUGAUAAUUUUAUUAUUGGCAAGUUAAUACAUCAACAUUUAAAUCAUUGACUAUAAUAAUACCUUCUGGCUACCUCUGUAUCAACCAAAUUCUGUAGGUGCAAACAUAUACCAGGGAAUUCUUACUGGCAAAAUGAUCAAUCUGGAGUGUGCAUCCACUGUGAAUGGAGCAAAUUGCCCUAUACCCAUUGAUAACCAAGCUUUCUUAGUUUGUAGAUGUAGGAAACAAAAUAGUGAGAGAGAGAGAAAGGGGUCCACAGGGCAUGGUAUAGUUAUCAGCAGUGGAAAAAAAGUGCAUAGAUCAUUUAGUCCAAUAACUUAAAAAUAAAUAGAGCCAUAAUUUACUUUGGAGAGUCAUUUUAAUUUGUCUUUGGUACCAAGGAGAAGACAGAACCAAAAACAAACUCUCCAAGUAUAUUCACACAUUCAACAAAAUUUUUGCAUGCCUUCUAUGUCAUAGGCAAUUUUAGUUCCUGGGGAUUUGGACAUGGCUAAGUCAGAGAAGGCCGUUGCUCACCAUGAACACUGUAUACCAGAAGGAGAGUGGGGAGGAGACAAAAAACAAAUAAGACCACUUCAGACAAUCGAAGCAUCAGUUAAAAGAAUGAAAACAGGCCUGACUCAGUGGCUCAUGCCUGUAAUCCCAGUACUUUGGGAGGCGAGGUUGGGGGACCACCUGAGGUCAGGAGGUGGACACCAGCCUGGACAACAUGGUGAAAACCCGUCUCUACUAAAAAUACAAAAAUUAACUGGGCAUGGUGGCAGGCACCUGUAAUCCCAGCUACUGGGGAAGCUGAGGCAGGAGAAUCGCUUGAACCUGGGAGGUGGAGGUUGCAGUGAGCCGAGAUUCUGCCACUGCACUCCAGCCUGGGUGACAGUGCGAGACUCCAUCUCAACACCAAAAAAAACAAAAAAAAAACACAAAGAAUCAAAGAAUAAAAACAGGGUGACACAAUGCAAAGUAACUGUGUGGAAUAAAAAUUGAUUAUUUUAGAAAAUGUGACUGGCUUAGGACGGGGAUAAUAUGCGAACAGAAAUCUAUCUCAUGAGAAAGUGCUACUGUUGUCAAAAUUACCUUAUCUGAGUGAAUGGUAUUUUUUUUAUCUUUUCCACACACGAGUGGGAAAGGUAUGAUUUCUGCAUGUAAUUGCAGUUUAACCCUUAUUUCUAGGUUGAUCAUAGGUCCCAGUUUACCCAUGAAAAUUCCAGUUUAUACCUGUUGUACCUGUGUAAUUAUUGGUAGCACUCCCUUUCAUUCUUAUAAUGUCCUGGUUUGGAUGAUAUAUGGUGAAGUUUUUGUUGAAACUAAAUUAUGAAGUCUGAUAUAUUUGGAUAAAAAUAAAGAAUUGCUUUUCUUCUCCUUUUGCUGAUUUUUUGACACAUCAUUCUAAGCAAAAUCAUCUCAGCUUCGUAUAUUUCAGCCUGAAGUACUUCUUACCAAAGUUAUUUCAUGUAACAUUUGUUCAAUAUGUUCGUGACAUGUCUUUCAGUAAUGAAAAGUUAUGCAUUUUAUUGAAUGAAUAAAAACCUAACCUCUGCUA